UCAUUAAUGCAUUAAUAUUUAUGUGAUGAUAAUUUCAGCUAUAUAUUUUCAAUACAAGAUAUUUUAAAUUAUGAAUAUAUAGGAUUUUCAUAAGAAAAUAUAAUUUUAUCAUAGAAAUGGUGCGAGUCAUUCAAUAAAUAAGUAAUGUUAUUAUGUCACAAACUUGUUUGCUUUGAACUCUUUUCAAAAUGUUUCAACGUGGAUUGUUAAGAUGUAAUUUACGUCAUGGUGUCAGAUUAGCAAAUUGGCAAAUAUUGCACCCGAGCUUCUCGACGAAUGCUCCUGUGGUCCAGGAGAUUCUGAAUGACCAAGGCAGAAGUCUGCCUCAGAAGAGAGUUAAUAGAAGAAAGCCUCCUAUUGAACCUGUUGCGAAGAACUUUUUUUGUGGAAAAGUAAAUACAGAUAUAUUAGCUUUUCCUGAAAUAUUAAAUAAAGAAGAACUCAAACAACUGUCACAAUUUACAGAAACCAUAGAUAGUGCAAUUAAUGCUGUUGAUAAGGAUGUUGAUUCAACUAACAUAACUGAUUUAGUAAAAUCUUUAAAUGCCACUUCAUUUAAUAUACCAAUAGACUAUGGUGGUUAUGAAAUGACAAUUACUGAAAUUUCUCGAAUAAAAGAGAAGUUAUGCCAAAAAUUUCAAUUAGGCUUAAAAAUAUUUGAUACAUUAGGUUAUGGAGUUGAUGAAAUACUCCAAUAUGUCCAUCCUAGCAUACGACAAAACUUGAUACCGAAAAUAUUGAGUGGGGACUGCACUCCAAUCAUUUGUUUUCAUGAAAAAGAUAUUAAUGCAACAAACAGUUUUAAAACUCAAGCUAAAUUAAAUAGAGAUCAAAAUGCAUGGGUAUUAAAUGGUGAAAAAAUUAUCUACAAAAACGUCAAAGAUAAUGAUGUGCUGAUGGUGCUUGCAACAACUAAUUUCUUAAACUCUACGGGAACACCAGUUGAUUCUAAUACCAUGUUCUUAGUUAAUGCCAAUAAUUCAGGUGUUAGUAAAAUUAAAGUCAGCGAUAAUUGCUAUAAAUUGAUCUUUGAUAAUGCUAGCAUUGCACUUGACAACAUGCUUGGGAAUCAAGAAAUGGGUUUAGAAAUUUACUUGAAAGCUAUGAUAACUUCCAGAUUUUCUGUAAGUAUAGCUUGUUAUAGUCUCCUGAAAGAUUUAUUAUCAAAAUUGUCUCAAACAAUUAUUAAUUCUGAUUUGUUAAUUGAAAAUGAAUGUGUGCAAGAGAAAGUUGCUGAGGUUGCAUGCGCAUCUUAUGCUAUGGAGAGCAUGGUAUAUUUAACUGCUGGUUUGCUCGAUGGAUAUGAAAAUCCAGACUGCACUGUUGAAAGUUCAAUAUUAAAAGUUUAUUCUACAGAAAAAUGUUUAGGUCUUCUGUUAUCAAGUGUGCAUAUAUUCGGUGUGGAUCACUACAUGACAUCAUUAGAAGUUAAAAAUAGUAUUCAAAGUAUUACAGAUUUACAAUAUAUUGAUGAAAGCAAUGACUAUCUCAAGAUUUUAAUUGGUAUGCUAGGAUUACAGCAUGCUGGUAAGUCGUUUGCUGAUAGUGUCAAGAAAGUUAGGAACCCUUUUAUGUUUCCUGGUUUUAUAUUUAAAAAAAUGUUAAGAAAUAGACACUUUGAAUCUGAUCAACCUAAGCUUACAUUAAAAUUAUUAGACUAUGUUCAUCCAUCAUUAGAUAAGCAAGCAAAUGAUAUUGAAUAUUGUAUUCUGAAACUACAAUAUGUGACAGAGAUGUUAUUAGUUCGAAAUGGAAGAGAAGCUCCUACUAAGCAAAUGGAUAUCAAUAAAUUAGCAGCAGCUGUUAUUGAAAUAUAUGCUAUGUUUGCUACUGUUUCUAGAGCAUCUAGGUCUUAUUGCAUUGGUCAUCACAAUGCCCACCUUGAAUUAUCGCUAGCAAAUGCAGUAUGUAAACAAGGAUUACGUAAAGUGAAGGAUUUAUUAGAUAUAGUUGAAACUGGCCCUUAUAAUUCAAGUGGUUCUGAUUUUAUAAAAAUUGCAAAACAAGUUUUUAAAAGUUCAGGUGAAUUUGCAGAGCAUUCAUUAAAAACAAAUUAUUAAUUUAAUCGGAUUUUAUGCAAACAUAAUACAAAUGCAGCAUGAAAUGUGCAAAUGAGUUGCAUCAAUUGUUUAAAAAAAGUGAGUAUAUCUGACAGACCCUAGAUAAACUACCUGAAAGGCUAACUGCAAUCGAUAAACUUCAGCACUAUAGAAAAACUAAUGCAUUUCCUAUGAAAUGCAUAUUUCAAAUGACUUUGUGCCUAGUACUGAAUUUA